GUGUCUAUGCCAUCGGGUUAGCUACAACCAGUUUUGAAAGUGUUUGGAGUAAUGGUUAAAGAGCUAUUGAAAUUUGAAAAAUGUGAUUUGUCACUAUGUUGACGGUCCCUAACUGCUGUUGGUGGACGUAAGGAAAACUACAGGCGAAUAUCCUUCGAAUAUCCAACCUGAAACUGUCUUUACCUCGGUCUCUCAACACCUGUUGAAUACGCCCGGUGUCAGUAAACGUUGGCAAAACAUACAUUGUUGCCAGCAUCACAGUUGCAGUCACCUACGCUCUGGAUAACAUGAAACCAGCCUAACCAGCUCUGCUAGGGCGAGUAAAAUGGUCAGUGAACGGUUGUCUCACGGUAGCCAGUUAUCUCUCUCGUUAGCCAGUUAUCUCUCUCUGUAGCCAGUUAUCUCUCUCGGUAGCCAGUUAUAUCUCUAGUUAUCUCUCUCGGUAGCCAGUUCGCUUGAGCGCAUGACUGUUGGUUCCACGCAGCAGAGUAAAGGGAGGCGUUGUUGUCAUGACGACUCUACACAACUCACCGGAAAGAAAUGUGUUGCAAGGUCAGUGCUUUACGGGAUAAUUUUCAACUUCAACUGGGGAUGUCCCGAAGAUCCAAAUUAGCAAGGAUCAUAUGUUAAGGACGGGCUUUGGUUAUCCAAUUUCUGACGUGAAAGCAGGAUGCCAGUAUACAUCAGAAAAGGGCCUGCAGAUAUCCCCGAGCCCCCCGACAGCGGCCACGGUGAUGACCAGGAGGAGUUGUUCCUGAGUGACCCGGAUCAACUCCAGGACCAGCUCCCCCAGCCGUUCAGAAUGAUAGACAAGGUCCUGGACAGACUUGUAGACAGGGCAUGGGACUUCAUCUCACAGAGAGAAACUGUCAGGGUCACAGAGCAAGCUAUUAAAACUAUACCCGUUAUGCAGGUCUCAGGGGACGUAAAGCUCCCUGUGAGGACCAACUGCAUGGCCUGCUCUGAGGAUGGCAGGUACAUCUUCCUGGGUCACUCCCACGGGCUGUCUGUUAUGGCUCAGCCUCAGGGUAUCACCACCUCCUCCUCUUCCUCUCCCUACUGUGUGCCAGUAUGGCAGGAGGACCAGGUAGAGAUCACCUCUCUUCACAUCACCUGUCUGGGGGAGAUGGUCUACCUGCUGGCAUCCCUGGAUGAUAUGGGUGUUGCCAGACUGUUUGCUUAUUACUCAGAAACCAGCCACCUGAUAAAAGUCAUGAAUGAAACAGAUGACCUCAACCAGAGAAGUGUCUGUGUGAAGUUUGAACUGUCCAGAGGAGGAGACUACGGAGCUGCUACCAUCAGCUGUAAUGGUUGUCAGUGUUUAGAGGUGUACAGGUUCCCUAAAGACUCCUGGCUGAAAGAGCUGUCCCAGCAUGCACCUGGAAUAGGAGAUACAGGCAAACUGUCUCCUGUCGCCAUGCUGAUGAAGAUCAAACCACCUAAACCUCACACAGGCUCUACCAUGAAGAGUCCAUUUGAGGUGUUGCAGAAGACCGAGGAUGGCAAUGUGAUUGGCUCAGGACAGAACCACCUGAUCAGCAGUCGCCAAUGGGAGGACCAGGACGCUGUGUUUAAGUCUGUAUACAGGAAGUACAUGGUUACUAACCCCAGCAACACUACAGACCCAGAGGACAGACCCAGCUGUGUGACCAGUCACUUCCUGCUUCCUGGAGGUCUGUUUCCUGUCCUGGGAGGAGUUAAGCCUCAGACAGGAGGAGUGGCUGUAGUUGUGUGUCUGUGGUGGAGCGGCAGACACAAUCUGCUGCAGUACUUACUGUGUAAAGCUCCCAAAGACAAACCAGACCCGGAGCCCAAGCCUGAUGCGUUAUGGCCUAAUGCCCAGGAGAUCCUGUGUUCUGCUGUUAGCAGCUGUACUAGACACAUAACUCUGGGACUGGUUACUGGACUGGUCACUGUCUGGGACAGACACUUAGGUCUUCCUCUGUCUGUUGUCUCAGUGGAAGCAGACAGUGUGUUCAGCAGCAUAAUAUUUGUGGAUUACUGGCCUAGUACGGCUACUGAGGAUGCCCUACUCAGCCAGGGUCCGAACCACAGCAGCACACUGGUCCAUCUACUGGUCACCUGUAAGAGUGGAGCAUGUCAUCUAGUCGACGCAGGAAGAGGACUGGACUCUCAUAAUGUCACACAACUAUCAGAAAGACCAUCAGAUCCAGGCUGUUUCCCCGUGGUGACUGCUGCUGUUCCGUUCCUCCAGCGCCUGGCUCUGAUCAUGCAGAGGAAUGGGAAGAUCCUCCUCCAAGACAUGGUAGACAGGAGAGUAGUGUGCUGCUUCUCCCUCCCAGACACUCAUCUCCUGGCCAAUCCCUGGAAUCCUGUGUUUCUACUGGACCCCACGCAGCAGUCUCUGCUCAUACCAGGUGAUCAGCGUCCUGACAGUGGGGAGGAGGGGGAGGACAGAGGGAGUCGACUCUUUGUGUUCCGUCUCCGAGAUGCUGCUGUCGUCAAGCCGUACAGACACGAAUAUGUCGGCAGAGCAUCAUCACCCCAGGGCCAAUCAGGGACAGGCACCUCUAACUUGGAGGAAACAUGCAACCUGUAUUUCCAACAAAGGGUUCAAUCUGUGGAGGAGAGAAACAAAGUCAUGACUGAGACAUGGAACCAGCUCCAAGAGCAUGCCGCCAUGGUGCUCUUACAGAACUGACAGCAAGUUGUUACCAUCUAACAGAACUGACAACAAGUUGUUACCAUCUAACAGAACUGACAACAAGCGGUUACCAUCUAACAGAACUGACAACAAGCGGUUACCAUCUAACAGAACUGACAACAAGCUGUUACCAUCUAACAGAACUGACAACAAGCGGUUACCAUCUAACAGAACUGACAACAAGCGGUUACCAUCUAACAGAACUGACAACAAGCGGUUACCAUCUAACAGAACUGACAACAAGCUGUUACCAUCUAACAGAACUGACAACAAGCUGUUACCAUCUAACAGAACUGACAACACCCUGUUACCAUCUAACAGAACUGACAACAAGCUGUUACCAUCUAACAGAACUGACAACAAGCUGUUACCAUCUAACAGAACUGACAACAAGCGGUUACCAUCUAACAGAACUGACAACAAGCGGUUACCAUCUAACAGAACUGACAACACCCUGUUACCAUCUAACAGAACUGACAACAAGCUGUUACCAUCUAACAGAACUGACAACAAGCGGUUACCAUCUAACAGAACUGACAACAAGCUGUUACCAUCUAACAGAACUGACAACAAGCUGUUACCAUCUAACAGAACUGACAACAAGCUGUUACCAUCUAACAGAACUGACAACAAGCUGUUACCAUCUAACAGAACUGACAACAAGCUGUUACCAUCUAACAGAACUGACAACACCCUGUUACCAUCUAACAGAACUGACAACAACAACUUGUUACCCUCUUACAGAACCAACACCAUGUUACCCUCUUACAGAACCAACACCCUGUUCCCCUCUUACAGAACCAACACUCUGUUACCCUCUUACUGAACCAACACCCUGUUCCCCUCUUACAGAACCAACACCCUGUUCCCCUCUUAAUGAACCAACACCCUGUUACCAUUUUACAGAACCAACACCCUGUUACCAUCUUACAGAACCAACACCCUGUUCCCCUCUUACAGAACCAACACCCUGUUACCCUCUUACUGAACCAACACCCUGUUCCCCUCUUACAGAACCAACACCCUGUUACCCUCUUACUGAACCAACAGCCUGUUCCCCUCUUACAGAACCAACACCCUGUUACCCUCUUACAGAACCAACACCCUGUUACUAUUUUACAGAACCAACACCCUGUUACCAUCUUACAGAACCAACACCCUGUUACCAUUUUACAGAACCAACACCCUGUUCCCCUCUUACAGAACCAACACCCUGUUACCCUCUUACAGAACCAACACCCUGUUACUAUUUUACAGAACCAACAGCCUGUUCCCCUCUUACAGAACCAACACCCUGUUCCCCUCUUACAGAACCACCAGAAGCAGGACAUUACCACGGCCACAUGUCUUCCGUCACUACAAAGACUGACACAUGAAAACCUACAGGAUAUAUUGAUUGAAUACUACAUCUCCCUCAGCGUAACCUUUGUUCUUCCAGGUUGGCAUCUUGACUUUUAGGAAAAGCGGUAAUGGAAGGUUUUACAUUAUUAGGUUUGAUGUUAGCAUAUGUUACAGGCAAUAAUGUAUGGGUUCUUACAUCUGCUUUCUUAGAUCCACUGAAGAAUGGACCAUGCUUUGAUAGGGCUUUGAAUAAAUUGGGAGAUUAAGACUAAAAUGUAAA